AUGUCUUCUCACAAGACUUUCAGGAUCAAGAGAUUCCUUGCCAAGAAACAAAAGGAGAAUCGUCCCAUUGCCCCGUGGGUUCGGAUGAAAACUGGUAAUAAAAUCAGAUACAACUCCAAGAGGCAGAAUUGGAGAAGAAUGAAGCUGGGUCUGUAAGGGAUCGAACAUGAGAUGGCACACCUGAAGAGCACACUUCUGAACUCAAGUCACA